UGGCACUACACAACUACAGUUUUGGAGAAGAACAAGGAGCUUGAGCGACAAAGAUGCUAAGCACAGGAGUGUUUCCACCACCCUGCAAUUCAAAGUCUCUUCUCGCUCGUCAAUGCACUACCACAACCUCCCUCUCAGUCCCACCCAAAACCCACCUCUCUUUGGUACCAAAUACAUUCUCAACUGGUUCGCUUUAUGCAGUCUUUUGUAAAAACCACUCCUUUAUCUCUUCCUUACCGCAAUUCCAGCAAACCCAUCUCGCUUUUCGUGUCUUUUAUCAACGUCAAGGUUGUGGGUUGGGCGUACGUGCUUUGAAUAAGCGUGGGACAGGUGACGUUGGGCACAUGGAAAUGGAUGGCUUUGAUGAUGACGACGAGUUAGAUGAUAAUGAUGAUGAUGAUGAUGACGAGGGGGAGGUGGUGGAUGAGGAUGAGAUGUUAUUGCCUUUCGAGAAGAUGAACCAGUGGCUGAAGAACAAGCCGCGAGGGUUUGGUGAAGGGAAGGUAUUUGACACCUCUAUUGAGGACAAGCUGCUUGAAGAAAUGGAGCAGAGUAUGCAGGCACAGGCUGCUAAUGUCAAUAAGCUUAAGAACGAUCCCAUACCGCCUACUUCCAUGAAAAACGGUCCCAAAAAAAUAGCUCCUGAAGUUGUUCCAAGUGGAGUUCAAGUACGUGUUGCCAACCUUCCUAAGAAAAAGAACAUCCAAAGGGAUUUGAAAUCAGCUUUCCUAGGGGUCCCUGGUAUACUUAAUAUAAUCCCUGCAGUUUCUGGGAACAAGAAGACUAGGGAUCCUGUCUGUAAGGGUUUUGCGUUUGUUGUUUUCAAGUCUGAGGAGUAUGCAACUAGGUUCAUACAGAUGUUUUCUAGACAAAGUAUUAUGUUUGGUAAAAUUCAGAAGCAGAUAAAAUGUGAGAUUAUGGAUUCACAGUCUCCAAACCCUGCUCAUGUACAAUCAACAGACAUUCCCUAUACUGUUUCCCAUUUAGCAGUUCUGGACUUGGAAGGGGACAGAAACAGAGAUUCCAACAUGGAUGAUUCUUCUCUGAAUUCAUGGGAGGAGAACAACUCUGAUGAAUCUGAUGUUCUAGAUACUGAGCUCAUUAGAGCAGAUGUAGAAGACAUCAGCGAGAACCUGGAAUCGAUCAGCGUAUUGAAAGUAAUGGGUGAUGAUAGUAUGGAAGCCAAGGCAGAUUCUUUAACUCAUUCAUUCUCCCCAAAGAAAGAGGGAACUUGGGCACCUGAGAAGGAGCUACUUGCUGAAGGAAAAGGAGACAAGGUUCCUGAAAAAAAGCUACAUGUGAAAGUGAAAGGCGAAAAUGUUCUUGAGAAAAAGCCACGUGCAAAAGAAAAGAGGGAGAAGGUUCUGAAGUUGGGUGUUCCAGGGUCUGCAAAGAGGUUAAAGAUCAAGGAGAAGGCUGUACUAGCUGAUGUUUUCUCUAAAUAUGGAGUACAAGCUGCUUUGGCUUCACAGGAAGGGAGCUAAUCAGUUUACUGUAAAUCAUUUGAAAUUUGAUAAGAUGAGACCAUUACUACAAAUAUGGAAUGGAAAUGACAUAUGCAUGAAGAAAUUAUGGUCCCCAUGAAUUUUUUGUUGGUGCUUUUCAUCUGGGUCAGAUGAUAAUUGAUAAUUGAUCAGAGAACCUGUUCUGCGACCUCAGAUGAUGUAAAUUUCCAAUUCUGGGCACUUUUGAUCCAGCAUGAAGCAAUACUUUCACUUUUGUGUGAACAUUGUCUUCUUGAACUUCACAUUAUUUUCUGGAUUGUGGCCAAGUUUUUAUACUCCAAAUGAGGUUUCUGUGCCCUUCUUGGUUUAUGUAACUUAUUCCAUCUGAAUGGUCAGGACUCAUUCUUGUUUUAA